AAACAAGCUAAGGGCAAUUAAGGAAGGAAUAAAAAUGGGAGGGCAACGCUUGUUUGGUUCGUCGUGGUCGUCGUCGUCUUUACUGCUACUGAUAUUAGCGGUGGGAUGCCUCCACAUUGGCCUCGCAUCCGGCGGCCGGACGGUGAGAAUAACGGCGGCGAACAGUGGAGAAGAUGAAACGAUAAUGAGUAGCCGCAGAAAUCUUAUCGCAAACGGACUUGGUGCCACUCCUCAAAUGGGAUGGAGUAGCUGGAACCACUUCGCGGGCAACAUCAAUGAAGAUUUAUUCCGGCAAAGUGCCGAUGCAAUGGUAUCCACCGGACUUGCUGCUCUCGGUUAUCAAUAUGUCAAUUUAGAUGACUGUUGGGCCGAACUAAAUAGAGACUCUAAGGGGAAUUUAGUUGCGAAGGCUUCGACGUUUCCAUCGGGAAUGAAAGCGCUCGCAGAUUACGUUCAUAGUAAAGGAUUGAAGCUUGGUAUUUAUUCCAGUGCUGGGAACAUGACGUGUAGCAAUCGUAUGCCCGGGUCACUCUGGUACGAGGACCAAGAUGCAAAAACUUUUGCAUCUUGGGAAAUCGAUUAUUUGAAAUAUGACAAUUGUAACAACCAGAACAUCAGUCCUAAAAAGAGGUAUCCUAAAAUGAGCAAAGCGCUACGAAAGUCGGGAAGGGCCAUCUUUUAUUCUCUCUGCGAAUGGGGUGACCAAGAUCCUGCGACUUGGGCACGAUCUGUAGGCAACAGUUGGAGGACCACUGGAGAUAUUCAAGACACAUGGGAAAGCAUGACGACUCUGGCCGAUCUGAAUGAUAAAUGGGCAGCCUAUGCCGGUCCUGGAGGAUGGAAUGAUCCAGACAUGUUGGAGGUUGGAAAUGGAGGCAUGACUACUGAAGAAUAUCGCUCUCAUUUCAGCAUUUGGGCUUUAGCCAAAGCCCCUUUGGUGAUUGGUUGUGACGUUAGGUCAAUAGACAACACCACCUUCGACAUCCUAAGCAAUAAGGAGGUCAUUGCUGUGAAUCAAGCUUGUCUCGUAAUAAGAGCUGAAGUUUUUAUGUGUACAGAUCCUCUCGGUGUUCAAGGGAAAAAAGUAAAAAAGGAUGGAGAUCUGGAGGUUUGGGCAGGUCCCCUGAGCAAGAAGAGGACAGCAGUGGUUCUAUGGAAUAGAGGAGGAGGAGAGGCAACCAUUACCGCUUACUGGUCGGACUUAGGCCUCAAACCGUCCACCGUUGUCAAUGCCCGAGAUCUAUGGGCUCAUUCAACUCAGAAAAAGGUGAAAGGGAAGAUCUCUGCUAGUGUCGCCUCCCAUGGCUGCAAGUUUUAUGUCCUCACUCCUAACUGAAACCCGCCCAAUUUAAUGGCACCGCCAGAAGAGGCUAGGGUUCCCACAUUGCACCGUUAUUUUUUAUAAACAUUACACGUUGGA